ACUGUUACCAACACCCAGUAAGACGGGCUGAACGAGGUGACGGCGGAGAUGAGCCUUCAGGUGCGACUGGUGACGGAGGCGAUGCUCUUCAACUCCGUGACGGUGCGUAUGGCGGAGAUGACCCAGGAGGCCUUCCUCUCCCCUCUCCUCUCAUACUUCAUCGACGGCCUCGCCGCCAUCAUUCCCUGCCCCAGGGAGAAUAUCUUCAUCUUCAACAUUCAGGAUGAUACUGAUGUGGAGGCACGUAUCCUAAAUGUGAGCUUCUCGGCUAAACGUCCUGACAUCCCUGGUGAGGAAUUCUACCCUCCACAGUACCUGAGGGAGCGGGUCUACCUCCACCGUGCUGACCUCGUCAAGCUCUCUACUGUCCAGGUGCUACCGUUUGAUGACACAUUGUGUGUACGGGAGCCCUGCCUCAACUUUGAAGAGUGUUUAAAUGUUCUGAAGUUUGGCAAUGCUUCUGGCUUCAUAUCAUCCAGCAGUAUUCUCUUCCGCCCAAUCUACCCUGUCAACACCUUCGCCUGCAGGUGUCCUAAGGGAUUCACUGGGAUGCGUGAGCACUAUGAGUGUGACACAGAAGUUAAUCUGUGCUACAGUAGCCCCUGUGGCAACCAUGGCACCUGUAUGCGACGUGAGGGUGGCUACACCUGCGUCUGUCUGCCUGGAUACACUGGUAAGAACUGUGAGGUAAACAUGCUAAGUGGGGCAUGUGUUGAUGGUGUGUGUGUACAUGGCAGCAAGUGUACAGGUGUGGCUGGCAGUGGGGGAGGUGCAGGUGGCUUUACCUGCACCAACUGUAGUCGUUCUCUCUACCACACUUCAACUUGUGAACUGAGGUCUCGACGGUUCUCCAAAGGCUCCUUCCUGACCUUCCCAGCACUUAAGCAGCGACACAGACUCAACAUCAAGAUCAGCUUUGCAACGCGUGAGCCAGAUGGAUUACUCCUGUAUAAUGGACGCUACAAUGAGAAGCAUGACUUUGUGUCCCUAGAAGUAGUAGGUGGGGCUGUUGAGUUCUCCUUUAGCUUGGGAACAACCACUACCAAAGUCUCUGCAUCCCUUCCUGGUGGUGUGGAUGAUGGUGAAUGGCACACCAUCUCUGUAGAUUAUUACAACAGGAGUGCAACUAUCAGUGUUGACAGCUGUGACACAGCUCUGUCCAUCAGGUUUGGUGAGAAGAUUGGCGACUACCAUUGUGCCAACACAACAUCUCAGAUUCUGGACCCCAGGUGUGCCAUCCUCACUCAGGCGUGCCAUCGAUUUUUAGACGUGACAGGUCCAUUGCAGGUUGGUGGGCUCCCUGCCCUACCGACCACUUACCAAGUCAAGCACCAACAUUUCCAUGGCUGUAUAGCAGAUCUCUAUAUUGACCAUAAGUUCAUUGAUCUUACAUCGUUUGUAGCAGACAAUGGGACAUUUCCAGGAUGCCCGGAGAAGAAUAGUUUCUGCCGAUCCCACCCAUGUCAGAAUGGAGGCUCCUGCAGAGAAACCUUCGGCACCUACAUAUGUUCGUGCCCAGAUGGCUGGGGAGGAAAAGAUUGCUCACAAGGUGUGGAGGUUGUAAAGCAGUUUACAGGUGAGGGCUUCCUAGUGUUCAGCCCACAGUUGCAGACCAUUCAGCUGCCCUGGUUCAACAGCCUUUCCUUCAGGACACGAGAGCAGUUUGGGCUCCUAAUGAUUACAGUUGUUGGCCAAAAUGCCAACAGUAUCAUUGAGCUGGUAGAUGGUUACAUCCAGUAUCGCUACGAGAAUGCAACAAUCAAGAUGACAGAUGCUAGAGUUGAUGAUGGACUAUGGCACAAUGUUGAGGUCAAGUGGAUGAGUGGGGAGGUGUGGAUUAACUUGGAUUAUGGCAACCAUGAAAUCACAGUCAGAGUAGAUGCCCAUAUAGCCAACCUGUACAUUGGGAAGGUGUCUGUGGGAGGUGUUCAGCCCUCUGACCCAGCCAAGGUCACAGGCUUCAAGGGCUGUAUCAAGGAUGUGCGUGUAGGCAGCAGCAAGAAUGCUUGGCUUCGUCCCACUCACGAGGAUGGAGUGCGUGAUGGAUGUGUUGCAUCAGACCCAUGCACAUCCCGCCCCUGCCCACCAAACUCCCAGUGCAUUAAUACCUGGCAGGGUUAUGAAUGUCAGUGCAAUAAGGGCUACUAUGGUGAAAAAUGUGCUGAUGUUUGUCACUUAAACCCAUGCAGCAACAAUUCCACCUGUGUUCAUGAUAUACACUCGCCUAAAGGGUACCGUUGCGAGUGUCCUACAUAUGAGUUCUCUGGUGAGUACUGUGAGAUGGUACUGGAUCAGCCAUGUCCAACCAACUGGUGGGGCUAUCCUGUGUGUGGCCCAUGUCACUGUGAUAUCGAUAAAGGUUAUGAUGGAGACUGUAAUAAGACAAGCGGAGAAUGCCAUUGUGAAGAAAACCACUAUCAGCCUGAUGCAUCUGCGGCUUGUUAUGAUUGUGACUGCUACUUGGUUGGGUCAUAUGGUGGUUCAUGUGAUCCUGUUACUGGCCAGUGCCGCUGUCGUCCUGGGGUCAUUGGUCGACGAUGUGAUCAGUGUGCAAAUGCCUUUGCCCAGGUCACCAUUAUGGGCUGUGAAAUUGUGUAUGAUGGAUGCCCUAAGAAUUUUGCGGAAAUGAUUUGGUGGGAAGAGACACCAUUUGAUGGUACAACAAUGCAACAGUGUCCUUAUGGUGCCCAGGGUCAAGCUUCUCGAGUUUGCCACAGAGAAAUUGGAUGGGGACCUCCAGACAUGUUCAAUUGUGUUUCGGACACUUUUAUUGAGCUGCGGGACUUGCUUGAAAGCUUAGAAAGUCAAGAACUGGAGAUCACAACAUACCUGGCAGUGAAAAUCUCUGAGGACCUAAACUAUGCCUGCUCUGUCACACCUGCCAUGUGGGGCUCAGAUGUUCUUAUUGCCUCACGUCUCCUGAUCCUGUUGCUGGAGUAUGAAACUCACCAGGAAGGACUUAAUCUAACACACCGUCAAGACCGACACUACAUUCAAAAUCUAGUGGAAUCAGCAUCCGUAAUCCUACAACCAGUUUAUGCCCCACAUUGGCAGAGAAUCAAUGGUGUGGAGGGUUUUGGAGCAGACUCCCUGCUGACAAAGAUGGAUGAAUAUGUAGCUACCCUAGCCACCAGCCAAAGCGAUACUUACACAACUCCUUUUGAAAUUCCUACCAAACAUGUUGUGUUCGGAAUGGACACAGUAUCGGCAGACGAGUUAUACGGGUACAGUCAGUCAGGAUUUGUGGUGGGUCACGAUGACAGAGUGGACCACGUAAUCAUUCCUGAGACAUCUUCUCUAGUAGAUAAGCAUUACCCAGGUCAAGGUCAAGUCUCUGUUAUUAUACCAAAAUACAACAAUUACCUCAAGAACCAGCAGACAUGGGUCCACAGCACCAAUAUCCGCAUCCCUCUCUCAUUGGUUGGCAUUCCAGAUGUUAAGCAGGAUGAGACCUCGACCUCAGGCACACUGGGCAGUACUCGUGCAGUGGUCAGCUAUGUCGUGUUCCGUUCUCUGGGCAUAUUACUUCCUGAAACUUAUGAUGUGGAUGUAGAGCAGCGAUGGGGCGUUGGCUUAGCUGUACGUUCCCCAGUCUUUACUGUAGCUGUCCACACCUCUGAUGGAGGACUGAUAGAAAAUAAAAUUAACAUUGAUGUGAGGCUUAGAUUUCGAUUGGGCCAUGUUGGGAAACGGGCCAACCCUCAAUGUGUCACUUGGGUUACAAAACUUGAAAGUAGUGAAGGGGUGUGGACACGUGAUGGGUGCGAGACCAGUGAACCAGAGCAUGGCUAUGGUGACUACAUUAACGACACCUUCAUUAACUGUACCUGUAACCACCUCUCCAGUUUUGCUGUCAUCCUUAAUGAUGCCGAGGCAGAAUUCCUGGCUGAGCCAUCUAUCGCAGAGGAUGUGACCACAUACACAGGACUGGUGUUAUCACUGGUGUUGCUCCUGAUGGCUUUUAUUGCCUUCUGUAUGCUACGAGGUGCACAGACCAACUCCAAUACCAUCCACAAGAACCUCACUGCCUGCCUUUUUCUGGUGCAACUCCUUUUCCUGGCUGCACUCAAGAUCAGACACAUCCUUGUGCAGCAAGAGUUCCCAUGUAAAUUGGUGGCUAUUGGCCUACACUACUUCUGGCUGUGUGUGUUCACUUGGCUGUUGAUUGAGGGUGUCCACCUAUACCGAAUGCUGACAGAGAUGAGGGAUGUGAACCAUGGCCAGAUGCGCUUUUACUACUCCUGUGGCUAUGGUCUUCCUGCCAUCAUUGUAGGAUUGUCUGUGGGAGUCAGGGCAGACCAGUAUGGCAAUUACUUCUUCUGCUGGUUGUCCAUUUAUGAGUCUGUGGUGUGGGCAUUGGUUGGGCCUAUCUGUGCUAUUGUCAUAAUUAUCCUCCUUGUGUUUGUCAUGGCUAUCCGUGCCUCACUCACGCUCAAAGGUCAUGUGGAAGGAUUUGGCAAUCUGAGGACUCUCCUGUGGUUAGGGAUUCUGUUCCUACCACUGCUAGGUGCCACCUGGGUCCUGGCCGUCUUGUCCGUAUCAGAGGACCUUGAAAUUCUCCACUACUUCUUCUCUGUAUUCUCGCUCCUGACUGCAGUAUUUAUUCUGGUGGGAUACUGCCUCUUGAACAGUCGUGUCAGGGACUCUCUCUACUUCAUGUUCCUCACCUGUACUGGGAAGAAGGUGCCAUACCAAGAGUCACUCAGUGUCACCAGAACCUCUGUAGUGUCUCGUUCUGCUCUGACAUAUAACGAUGACUUCAACAUUCUGCGUCGCAACAUUGGAAUUUCUACUGCCAGUACAACAUCACGUUCCACCUGCAAGACUUCCAGUUCCCCUUACAGUCGGGGUGAAGGAGCAAUUGCAGGAGGACGGGUUGCCUCUUCCAGCACUCCUAGCAACUACAAUUCUAAUACAGAUCUUAACUCUCAGUCUGUCAAAUCGCCUUAUGCUUACAAUGACUCUACUAUGUUCCACAGAAAGCAUGGUGCUACAGGGCGCAGCAGCAGUAAGCAUCGGGAGAGCGAGAGUGAGAGUGAGUUGAGCCUGGAUCACCGAUCCUUGGACCUAGCAUCUUCGCACUCUAGUGAUGAAGAUGAUACAACUACACACAAUGGCACCCUUAGAGUCAAUGAAAGAAGGACCAACCCUCCACCAGAAGUUCCGCCUAAGCCAUCUAGUUAUCUGCCCAACAUCUACGAUCUUGACACAACCGCAGAAGCACUUCCCCCUCCACCUCCUGGCAUGAUUGGUGGAUCUGGUCCUACAGGGGCUGCAGGGUCCCCUCUCCUACAUAAUAUACGCCCUCUCUAUGCCACACAUUGGUCCUCUCAGCUCCCACCUGCAUACCCAGGGAUUUAUAAAGAACAUAAUGUGACCUCCCCACUUUGGGCAAGUGAGAGACUAUCCACUACGACAGCAUCAGAUAACGAGAUGCCAGAUAAAGCAGACAACCUGCGGGUGGAGUCUCGUCCCUCCUUGUCUCGCUAUAUGGACCAGGCUCGCAAUCGAUAUUCUCCGGCUGAGAACCAGUUUGGAACCUAUUCACCAAGCACAAAGCAUCGCUACUCUCCAGACACCAAAAAGUUCUCUACUGUAGAUUCUAGACGCUACUCACCAGACACCAGAAGAUACUCGCCAGAUGUUUCUCAGUUGCACACACACAGUAAUUCCUACUUGCAAGAAAGUCCAUACUCUCAUGAUGUCAAAGGAAUAUCACCCGAGAACCUUGUAGUACGAACAGAGUCUCGUGCAAGCAGAUCAAGUAUAGAUAGUGCUGACAAAAAGCGCUAUUCGCCAUCCAACCAGCAGCAGCAAGUUGUCUAUACACCACAGAGUCAAAAGCAGUUCCUUCACAACUUAGCAGAAGACCCAAGUCCUGAGGCUCUACCAGCACCAGUGGUGAGCAGUGUGGGUGGGGGGGACAACAUGAUGGAAGUAAACAACCUCAACAUAUCUCCUUCCGACCCCCCUCCACCUUCGCCUCCCCCAACCCUUCCGGCAGCCCUUGUCGCCACCCACAAGAUCUCCGCCAUUACUCUAGGCAUCUCUGACUCUGACAAAGAAAACACUGAAACCACUGUCUGACAGACAAAAGGGGACAUCGCAGAGUCCCAGCAUGGAUGAAUAAUCAACAGGUAACGUGUGUGUGUGUGUAUAUAUAUAUAUUCUAUUAUAUAUAUAUAUACAGGUAUAUAUAAGUAAAAAUGCAGAUAAUUAUACACAUCAGAGGAAAUAUUUUACCCUUAUGUUUUAAAGGUAAUAGAAUCAAAAGAAAAUGUAAUUUAUUACUGUACAUGUAACAUUUUUAGUUCAAAUAAUUUGUAGUUGGCUGAUGUUUAGAGCAAAUUUUUUAUCUUAUUAAUAAGUUAACAUUUCAGCUUAAGAUCUCAUUUUUAUAUACUGUACUGUACUGUAUUUACCAGUACUUUAAAAACAUGUCAUUAUUUGUAAAUCUGCUCAACCUAUGUUAUUCAUCAUCUUCAAUAAUUAACACUUGCAAAGUUUAAAUAGUAUGAUGCAAAGUACAAAAUGCAGAUAUAUGGGAAUCCACAAAGAUGUGAAUAUUAAGAUCGCAGCCUUAGUUGCAGCAAACCCUGUGUCCAAUCAUAUAUACUAGAAACGAUAUAAAACAUGUUCAGUCUGACUAUACUGUAAUCACCAGCAAGUUUACAUUCGUAUCAUUUGUGAACAGUAGUGUGCAAUUCUACUCAAAAAAAUCUUUUGAAAAAACACACCUUUAGUGAUUAUACAAGAGGAUUUAGACAAUAUAAUAUGUCUCAAUUUUGCAUGUUGCAUUUUUUCUAUAGUUGUAUAUAGCAAUUAUCAUUGUUGGCAAUAUGUAUACGAAUGGUAUAAGCUUAAUGGAUUUUGAUUGUGUGAUUUCUUGAAAUGUGAUCUCGGUGUCCAACUUGAACAGUCUUGUUUUUAAUCUAGGAUCACAAUAGUGUUCCAUGAAAAUACUCUGUAGUGUGUUUCAGGUAAUUCAUAAAAUAGAUGAAGAGAAAUUAAAGGACAGGCUUAUCCAAAGAAGACAAGUUUGAACUCAUAAUCUUGUUUUAAACUAAUAAGUAUACAAAACAAACCAGUGCAAUGAUGUAUAUAUGUGAAAAGCUCCAGGAGCAUUUGGUCUAUACAUUGUAUAGUGCUCUAAAUGUACUCAAUGUAUACAAAAAGACUGUGUGUGUGUAAAUUUUCCUGUAUAUAUUUAUUAAUAUUAAUUGUCCAUGAGCAAAUUUUUCAACACCAUAUGCUUCAACAAAAUAGUGUUUAAUAGGGUAGUGAUAUGUAACCCUAAAUGUUUUGUUGUAAUGCACAGUGUGUUAAACAUUGUUUUCCUUAUUGAGCAAUGGCAUUGAUCUCAGAGGAGCUGCCAAAUGUUUACUUGUACAAGUUAAUGGAAUGCUCACAUAGAGCCAUUCACUUCCUACUUCAGUCCAAUUGUUACUAUUGCUCUUUAAAUCUCUUAUGGGAUUUUUGUUAACUUGUGUAAUUUGCAAGUUGUAUAUUAUUAUUUUGCAGUACAAAAAUCUUUGUGUAAAUAUUUAUGUAAAUAUUUUAAUAAAUGUAAAGAUGUCA